CUUCAAUGCAUCCCAGAUCUUAUACACCUUGAUGUCGCCAUAUCCCUCCCUAGACAAUACUUUAGGCGCAUUGUACAUCGGAGCUACCCUCGCUGUAUUUCUUUUUGGUUUAACGAGCUUGGCGGCUGUUAUUUAUUUCUUCAGGUGCUCGAACGAUUGGUGGUUUCAUCGGUAUUCGGUAGCCCUGCUUUGGGCUCUUGAUGCGUUUCACGCCGCGUUGACUACCCAUCUACUUUACUUCUAUUUCGUGAAGCAUUUUGGCGAUUUCGCUAUGUUGGAUAUUCCUGUUUGGAGCUUUAAGCUUCAAUCAACAAUCAAGAUGUUAAUUGUUAUUUGGGUGCAAGGUCUAUAUGCUAUUAGACUGUGGAAACUGGGACGGCACUUUCCCAAGACUCUUCCAUGGCUCGUUUUUCUAGCUGUGGGAGCGGUAUUUGGUGUUGGAAUCUUCUCGUUACGUUAUGCAUAUAUCGCACCCAGGCUCUCGGAUUUACGCAACGAAAAGGCUGCAGUUUAUGCCAUUUUCUGUGUGAUACCAACAUCAGAUUUCAUUAUCGCCAUUUCAAUGUGUUAUUACCUCUAUCAAAUGAGAACAGUAACGAGCCAUUCGAAAAUGGCUACCCUUCUUUUGCUAUUGAUGCGAUUCAUUUUAGUAUCUGGAAUGGCUACGAGUACAUGUUCGCUACUAAGCCUCAUCACAUAUAUCGCUUGGCCGGAUUCCCUUAUAUUCUUUGCAUUUGAUUUUGUUCUUCCGAAACUUUAUAUCAAUUCCCUACUUGCUAUGUUCAUUACUCGGAAAGAUCAUCAGACGCAAUUUCUGGGAACGGAUUGCAACUCGGCAACUCCGACGCCUAUUGUUUUUCGCAAAACGUCAGAGAUUCACGGGAAUGGCAGAGACGAAACGGUGUGUACAUUUCCACGUUGGUCAGCUAGGGGUAAAUCGAUAUUCACGCGCUUUUAAGAAUGCCAGCGUUUCGGAGACGGUACUUAUUCAUGUAUUGAAUGCAGAGGAGGAUGCGCAGGGAAACACCAGGGAUGAGGUUUAACGUAAAUUAGUUGAUACGGGCCAUGAUAAGCUGUCUACGUAUAUAAAUUAAUAGUGUUUGAUAACUGCGUGGCCUGGGAGAUCG